GAAUGUGUGCUGCUGCUUUCUGUUAGCCAUGGAGCUAAGGUGCCAGCCACUGCAAAUACCCUCUUCUCUUGGCCAUGAGCUACAGGCUAGACAGAGAGUGCAGGAUGAGGGACACCUAAGGCUCUGUCGUCUGCUACGCCACCAAUUUUGUUACUGCAAACGCCUAUGGCAGCAGCGUGUCUUGAGAGGACACGAGAAGGAGCGAAAGAUCGCCGGGCAUCAAUUCCAGCGAUCCCUGUGUUUCUCCUGUCUGCGAAGGUUGAUAUCAACCGAAUGAAGCAAGCGCAGGCCAACAAGGCCACGCAAGGCGAAAUCACGUUGCUUUUGUGUACGACGAUUGAGCUAGCGAUUUUCCCCUUAUAGCCCGGCAUGGUGGACGUCCACUCGUCGAACGAGUCGGUCGACUGUCUUCAGCACCGUAGACGGCCUUAAACAGAUGGCCGUCGUCAGAGUCUUCUGCGUCCCGUCACUUUCCGUCCUGGGCCGCACCUCAGAACUUGCCAGUGGGUGGCCUCGGGUGGCUGGGAAAAAACGUCAACCGUCGAAUCCGUCCAAAUCGACACCGCUGUCAUCGCCAACAAGUGCUACUGCUACUCUUUGGUUGUUCUCAUUGUUAUCGUCCUCCACCUCGCUGGUGGACACGUUGCUAACGCUUUCAACGACAUCACUGAAGACGAACGACUUUGCCCGAUCGCCUUCGCCACGUGCUGCUGUUGUUGCAGCCGCUGCUUCUGCAGUCGUUGCUGCUGGUGUCGGUUCCAACAGAAAAAGAAAAGGUGUUUUUUCGUGUAGCUGUCGUUGUGCGAGUGCAAGCGCGGUCGACGUGCUGAGUUCUGCGCGCAGAGUACUUCAGGUUGUGCUUCUGGUUCAAGCUGCCGUUGCGUCUUUUGACGAUAGACUGGCGGUACCAACCAUACGUAGGAGUAGCCUUGGCACGAAUCUCGUGCCAACGUGCCGAUCGACCCGGACGCCGGCUGUUCUGAAGGCGCAGCAAGGUUUUCUCGGCUGGCUCGACCCAGUGACCCUUUCCCGUCCCUCCUACCGCGGGCGGUCUGUUCCGGUGCUGACGGGGUCCCAGGCCCUCGGCCGAUGAUGGCAGCCCACAAAGAAACCAGCUCUUUCCCUCAGCAGCCGGCGCUAGCAUCGCUGCCGUCUUCCUCUUCAACGCCGUCCAUUCCGUCCAUCGCUGCUGCCGUCUGCACAAAUUCGAUCGCAAACUAUUCGGCUGCCGAAGCCGCGAGUUGCACACCACUGCAGAAACCACAACAGCGCUAUCAGCUUCAACGAAACAGACAUCAGCUGUGUCGGUUGAACACCGCAGGUGAUACAGCUGAAGCAGCUAUCGAAGCAAGCAACAGAGGACAGCAGCAAGCGGCGGGUGCAGUUGCCAUUGGUGGCACUAAAAGCGCUGCCAUCGCUAGGGGCGCUAGCCCUGCCGCAGGCGAUAAGGAUCCAGCAGGCGACAGCCACAGCUAUAUCGACGACGCCAGCUCUAUCACCAUUAACACGAAUACGAGCAGCAGCAGCAGCAGCAGCAGCACCGUUUCUGAGACCGCCAGCCAGCAUCAUCCGAUCUGCUGCGGCUCUAACCCGAGCUACUGCAGAGGCGAUAGUGGCAGCAGCGGCGGCGACAGCAGCGGCGGCGGCGCUGGUGGAAGUGGCGCGAGCUGCGGCGGCAGCACCGGCGCCCCAUGCCAUACUUCUACUACUACCAGCAGCACCACCCAACUUUACUAUGGCGGCCCCUCCCAGCGCUUCCAGACUACAGCAGCAGUGGUAACGGCAGCUGGCGGUAGCGCCGCUGCCUAUGGCCCUCACCCGCUCGCGGCUGUUCCUUCUUCAGUCUCUUCGCACAACUUCCGCCAUUUUCAGCAGGAGCACCCGAGAUCCGCGCCUGCCAAGCCUACUGUGCUCAACCUCUCAAUUGCAAGUCCGGCUACGAGCUCCUCAUCGCACCGCAAGUUCAUCAAGGUCUAUACAACGGCCGGUUCAUCGCGCGCCUGGGCCCGAACGCCCAGUCCUGUCAAGUCGUUCUGCACACCUCUCGGCACACCCGACUUGGAUGAUCGAGGGGGCAAUAAUGGGACGAUCUCCGCUAACGAGCCGCGUUCCAAAUCGGCCCGUACCUUCUACUCUUCCAAGUGCCCUUCAUCGCCCAUUAAGGUCCGCUCCGCCAUUUUGCAGAUCGUUAAGUUACCCGAUGGCACGGAGGAAGCAGUGGUUAAACGGACGCCGGAGGAGAAGCACCGCUCACCAUACACGCUCUCACUCAACAGAUGCAACCUACAUCAAUGUCCAGCGAUACUGGAUGAAUGUGGUUUACAGGUUAUCUGUUACCGAUACAACCACAUCGUCGAAAUUGACAAUAUGUCACAAAUGAAGAUGCUCUAUGCGCUGGACCUUACGGCCAACCAUAUUAAUCGGCUGACAAAUCUGUACACCUUUACAAACCUCAAAGUGCUCGUUGUUGCUCAAAAUAGAUUAACUUCCCUUGAAGGCAUUGAGUGCCUGGAGUCCCUGGAGAUUCUUGACGCCUCAGCAAAUCAGCUGCGCGCACUGCCUGAAUCAGCGCAGUUGUCGCGGUUGCAUACGCUCAACAUAGCGGAAAAUCGCGUUGCCAACCUUAAAAAUGUCUGGCACUUUCCAAGCUUAGUCGAGAUUAACGCCAAGCGAAAUCUCAUUAAACAGCUCGGAGGAGUCGAGUUCCUCGAUCGACUUCAUAAACUGUUUCUUAGCUGUAAUCAGAUCGAAAGUUUGGAUGCACUGGGACCCUUGUCAGAGUGCACCGAACUGUGUGAGCUCACGUUAAACGGCUGCCCAGUCGCGCAGUUGCCGAACUACCGUCACCAUGUCAUCGCAAACGUGGGAAAUAUCAAAUACUUCGAUUAUAAGCCGGUGCUGGAUGAGGAGAAAAGAUCAAUACGAUCGGCGUUACGGCGAGAGGAGCAACGGCGGAUCUUCGUUGAAAAAAUGGAGUUUUUUGAGAAGACCGUUUCAAGAGUGCGAUUGUCCUGCAAAAACUGGUGGACAGCACUUGAGCCUAACAGGAUGCUUGACGAGGUGGAACAGGCGCGUCGAUGUGGCAUAGGGGUAUUCGUUCAUAGCGAAGCCGAGAUGCGUUGCGAAGUUGUGAUGCCAACGCCUGGAGGUGGCGGAGGUUCUGGCGAGCCGCACGCGCAGACGACGCCGACGACAAACCACAGUACACCUCUUUCAGCUACCAGCAGAGCCAGCUCCGGUACGCGGUACUCAUGUGAUCGAGCGACCAUACUCGAAGAGCUGACGCACAGGAUCUGCGACCUCGCCGCCUUCCAGUUGCUCCAUGUAGAUAAUGAAUACGAAAAGUUGUCUUUGUGGGGCCCCGCGGCGUUGCUGUCGGCCCUCGUGUCCCCAGUCGUGUUGUACGACCGAGUGCAGACGCUUGUGCUCCACUGUUCCCUGCUAACCAGCGGAGAUACCCUGUUCUCGCUGCUACAAGUACUGCCCAACCUUACGGAGUUGUUGAUCGAAGACUGCGCUCUGCGAACUCUUGGGGAUCUCGCAAUUGUUUGUAAUGCAAUUUCAAAGAGUGCGGACCAAAAUAAGCUAUGUUCAUUGAUGGUGAGUGACACGGUGACUCGGUCGUGUCAUAGUGCAAACCUCCUUGCAAUAAGGUGUCUUCCACAGAGAGUGAUCACGUUUAAUUCUAAUGUUAAAAGUAUGCCGAGUCUUGCUGUGAAGCCGCUGCGAAGCAUUGACGGAAACAACAGCGCGAACGGUCACAAUAACAACAUCGGCAGGAACGCGCGAUAUUUGCCACCAGCCGUUAUGGGUCUCUUUCUUGACAAGGUUGCCGAGAGUCAACGUGAAGCUGCUUUGCGCUGCUUUCCUUCACAACCCCAUCUGCACUUGCCUCUACUGUUGACCACAGCCCCGAUGACAAACAAAAGUGAUAUGUCUUCUAAUACAACAACACCGACCGCCACUAGUGGCGCUAGCAAAGAAAUCUAUGGGGAGGGCGCCACGAUGCUAGCGGCAUGCGUAACACGGACCCAGGCGUUGUAUAAUGCCUCUAUCCUUCUGGAAAGUAUGCUUAUCAUGUCACCUUAAACCUCACUACACUAACGAUGGAGCAUUCGAAGUGUAACUCUUACGUAAAUCCAUGUAUAUCACCCUUCCAGACACUUUUUCCAUUCGUCAUUUGUUCUGCUGAUCAUCGGUGUAAGCUCUCCUGAUGCGGAGGUCGCUAUCUUUAAAGCAAGCUCGUGAUAACUGUUACAAGAGGGCGACCAUCACGGUGGAUUAAGUGAUAUCGGUGGUUUUAAUGCGAUAUAGAUGAUCGUUUAGUAGUAGAUGUUGAUAGUUGACAGGUUGGCAUUUCUAGCCUGUCAUUCAAUUGAAUGGUACUUACUCGUGUUCUGAAAAUGGGUACGUGUGCUGCCAUUAUGGUCGGAGGACGUCCCUCUGUUCUCGUGGUAGAGCGAUCCGAACAGGGAAAUCGUUUUGCUUGACCACAAACCCUGACGCUGUUAUAAAGGAAGAAAAGAAGAUAGAGUAAAUAAGAUGAAUAAAUACUUUAAUUAUUGUAAUAUUAAAAAAGACAAAAAUGAAAGCGGUAAAAUAAAUAACGUUUUCAAAUAGAUUGCUCUAGAUUGUUGAGAUAAUCGA